AUGAAAAAAAUACAACAAACAAAGAGGAAGAGAGAAGAUAUUGUUCUCGAUUUAUCCAAUGUUUCUCCCAAUGGUAAAUGGUGGACCGCUCCGAACAUUGUUCAUCUCGUAUUAAAAUAUUUACCAGUUAAAGAUAUGAUCCAGGGCAAGACAUUGUGUAAGAAUUGGUUCAAGGUGAUGAAUCAUCAAUUUGUGAGAGAGUAUGUGGCUAGUUUCUUGGAGUUGGAUGAAGACAACUUGCAAGAUCUUGAAGUCAUGAUGAAUACCUUCAAAACAGAGAAGAAAAUGGUUUCCUCUUAUGAGGCUAUCAUUGAACAAUUGAAAGAAUUAGAUAAUAGUAAUGAUUAUUCUGAGAGUGUAAGAUCACUAUUGAGUAAAUAUGAAAAAUCUCACAGUUUAGACCUUUUGAAAGAAAUCUCAAAAUUGACAAAGAAAGAAAUCAGAAAUCAGAACUCGUUGUCGUUGGAACCACCAAAAAUUGUUAUUGCUGAAAAUGAGUACAAUUGUCAAAACUAUGGCAGCAUUCGGUCUAUUCUAUUGUCACAAGAUUUGAAUUCUAUUGAGCAAUAUGGUCUCAAUGUCACAACUAUUGAAAAGAGUUACUUUAUUGUGUUAAGUAAUGGUUAUCCUAUGAAGCUUAAUUUUGAUUAUAAAUGUGGAAGAUAUGAUGGUCAUUACAAAGUUGAAGUUAAUGGAACUAAAGCUAUCAGGUUGAAAUGGUUUGAGGGUGGAUUUGAGGAGAAUCAUAACUGGGAAUUUAUCAAAUUACUGAAAAAGGGGUUGGAUUUCAAGUCAGAUACACCAAUUGAAGAGGAUACGGUAUUUCUAACAAUACUUUUUGCUUGGUUAAUACAGCUUUUCCCAGAGGCAACAAAUUAUGAAAUACCAGACUCAUGUUUUGGAGAAUCAAUUCUUGUCUAUUCAGAUUUGGGUGAGGAUAAUAGGCUGUUUGCUGAUGAUAAUUCAGAAAAUGAGGAAGGCAGUAACAAGUACGAUUCAGAUGAGUAA